GGCCGUAGAAACUACGCGGGAAGUGUUCAAACCAACGAAAAUAAACCACCGAAAAUACGUCGCUGCAUGAGGAUGAGAAGCAUGGGUUGAGAUUUUUAAAAACAAAUAUGAUAGAAAUUCUAACCUGAAAAUAGCAUUUCAAAUGUUCUUAAGCCAUAGAAUCAGUGUAAAUAAUUUUCCUGGUAGGCUAAUUGGUUCGGUUUAGGCUUAUUUCAUUUUUUGAUCGAUCGUUCGGGGAAAAUGGAGGUGUUAAAGGAGAACUCAGCUUACCUCAGUAAUUUCGAGGUUCUUGACAUCCUCAAACAGAUAAAAGGGAAUAAAAAACACAAGUCGAGGAAUCAACUGGCAACGAUUACGUACCAGACUGUCAGAUACCUGGAGGACACCCCCUGCAAGAAACAGAAUCCCGAGAAGAUCCAGGAGUUCUUAAAAGCGGUAGAGGGAUUCAAGUUAACAAAAUGUGAAAAAUUAACUCUCAUCAAUCUGUGCCCCAAGACUGCGAUAGAAAUUCAAUUGAUCAUAGAGGAGAGUGAAGAUCGUCUAUCAGAGGAGCAAGUAGAGGCCCUGCUCCAGGUGAUCUCAACUUAUCUAGACGAGCCCGAGGAGGUGGAGGAAGAGCCAGGAGAGGCAGAAUAGAAAAUUGAAUUUAUUUACAUCUUAUUACGAGCGAAAAAAAAUUAUAUUCCUUUACAUCGAGGGAUUUUCACCAUAAAUAUUGUGCGAGCAGUUUAGCCAAUCGAUUGAUUAUCUCUUCUGAUCCCCCAGAUCGUCUAUCGAGUCCUCGUCGAUCUGAAAACAAAAAUCGGAAAACAAUCUUAUACCAUCAGAGUAUUUUGUUGAACAUUAAAACUGUGGGUGAAAUACUGUAAUUAAUUAAAUCACUGUUUUAAUCCUUUACACACUCAUCUAUUCUAUUUUAUUUUUAAUAAAUUUUUGUUUUGUAA